GCGCGUGGAGUAUCCAACAAAGAACGUCCCAUAGAAGAGAGAGAGAGAGAGAGAGAGAGAGAGAGAGAAGAGGAGAUGGCUUCUUCAAUCCUCGCGGCGGGAGCAGCGAAGGUCGGCCCUGCCGUACGACGAGAAGCACUCACCCUAACGGACGCCGCAGCUUCUAGAAUACGUCAUCUGCUACAACAGCGCCAGCGCCCAUUCCUCAAGCUUGGUGUCAAGGCUCGUGGUUGCAACGGCUUAUCCUACACCCUCAAUUAUGCAGAUGAGAAAGGGAAGUUUGAUGAAUUGGUGGAGGACAAAGGAGUCAAGAUAUUGAUUGAUCCAAAAGCACUCAUGCAUGUCAUUGGGACCAAAAUGGAUUUUGUAGAUGACAAACUCAAGUCUGAGUUUAUAUUUAUCAAUCCGAACUCCAAAGGGCAAUGUGGGUGUGGAGAAUCCUUUAUGACUACUAACAAUGCUGAAGCUGCCAAGAGGGGUGGUGUUUAAUGGCAGUUUAAGUUAUGAACCUCUGAUUAAGUUUUGAACACCAUUGGGUCAUCUCCAUGGGAGGGCCAAAAGGAUCAAGAGCUGAGGCAUCAUUGUGAUUGUGGUUUUUGUGCACCUACUAACGCGGAGUUCCACAAUAAUUUUUUAUUCUUCUGACAGGUUAACACAACUAAAAAAUUAUUUAUACUGUCGAAAAGCUGUAGGAGUAGAGUUUUUUUUUUUUUUUUUUUCUAACAUGUACAGUUAAUUUGAACAUCUGUAUUAUAAGUAGAAUUGGAAGGAUACUAGCAACCAAAAUGAUGGUUGCAGAGAUGGAUCUGGAAUAAAAAAAUGACUUUGGCUGAAGCUUGCAGUUCAAAACUGGACGCUUUUGGGGGAACUUUCUGCUUCCUUAAGAUGAUAUCUGGUACAGGAUGUUGCUAGCCGGCCUACUUAAGGAUUCAGCAGCAGUGAACUUUUCUUUUACAUUUAGUUAGAAAGAACAUCUCAAAUGAAUAAAGAACUGUACAUUUAGAAUU